AUGACACUAGAUGGCAGUGUCGCCUUAGACAUUGUUUCACGGGCACGUUUCAUAAAUCCGAAUGAUAUUUGCCGACUUCUAGAGGAGGAUUCGGAUUCAGAUUAUCAAAUUGAUGAUCAAGACGAUAUUGAUUUUGAACCUGAAGCUGUUGAAGAAGAUGACCAUAAUAGUGAAUCUGAGGAGGAGAUGUAUGACAGAAUGGAUGAUGAUAUUGAUGAGAAUAUACACGAUAUGGAAAGUUUGUCAUUUUAUAUUGGGAGGAAUAAUGAUACAAUUUGGGCCAACAAACAACUUUCAAAAACUUCGAAAGUCAGGUCAAAAAACAUUAUCAAAACUAUUCCUGGUCCUGAGGCACAAGCCCGGGUCUGUAAAACGAGGCUUGACUGUUUCCUCCAAAUCUUUUCUUUAGAAAUCAUAGAUGACAUAGUCAAGUUUACUAAUAUUUUUAUUGCUCAAAAAAAAUAUGAAAAAACUGAAUCGUCCGACACUCCUGUUCGAGAUAGGGAUUACAAACCUACAUCAAGAUCGGAAAUAAAAGCUGUAUUUGGAGCUUUGUUCUUGAUAAGCGUAAAACGUGGAAAUCGUGCUGAUAUUAACGAAUUUUUCAAUAAAAAUGGAACAGGCCUGACAAUUUUGCGUGCUAAUUUUAGCGAACGUAGAUUUCAAUUGUUGCUCAGGUCUCUUCGUUUCGAUGAUAUCACCACUCGUCAAGAGCGAUCUAUAUCUGACAAACUAGCUCCGAUUAGGAAUUUUCAUUCAGCUUUUGUAGCUAAUUGCCAAAGUGCGUACAAUGUGGGGGAAAGUGUUACUAUCGAUGAAAUGUUAGUGUCUUUUCGUGGCCGCUGCAAAUUUAUACAGUACAUGCCCCAAAAACCGGCAAAAAAUGUUACCAAAGAUAAUUGGUUUAGUAGUUAUCCUUUGGCUGAAUAUCUGUCAUCAGUUGGCUUAACUUUCCUUGGAACUUUGAGAAAGAAUAAGUCUGAAAUACCAGCUAUAUUUGUGACAGAAAAUAAAAACUUUGUCCCUGGCAGUUAUUUAUUUGGAUACAAUGACACUUCAACUUUGGUCUCAUAUGUUACAAAAAAGAAGAAAGUUGUUUUGGUUUUGUCGACAUUGCAUGACGAAAACGAAGCGGAUGACGAAACUGGAAAGCCAGUCCAAGUCAUGGAUUAUAAUGCCACAAAAGGUGGUGUAGACACUGUUGAUCUUAUGUGUUCAAGGAUUUCAACUUCAAGAAGAACAAAAAGGUAG